GCCUCAAGGCCUGUCGGAACGUGCGCGGAGCGGUAGGCCGGGGAGCUACUGCCAUGGUGUUGCACCCGGUGCUGGGGAAGCUGGUCAGCAAGAGGGUGGUGCUGGCCAGCGCCUCGCCGCGCCGGCAGGAGAUCCUCACCAACGUGGGCCUGCGGUUUGAGGUUGUUCCAUCCUGGUUUAAGGAGACACUCGAAAAGUCGUAUUUUGCAGCCCCUUAUGAAUAUGCUGUGGAAACAGCAAAACAGAAAGCUCUUGAAGUAGCAAACAGAAUGCACGUAAAACACCUAAGAACACCUGAUGUUGUCAUAGGAGCAGACACUAUUGUGUCUGUGGAUGAACAAAUUCUGGAGAAACCAGUUGAUAAGCAAGAUGCAUAUAGGAUGCUCUCAAGGUUGAAUGGGAAAGAGCACAGUGUUUUCACAGGAGUGGCUAUUAUACACUGCAGCAGUAAAGAUAAUCAGCUAGAGAUGGAAGUCACUGAUUUCUAUGAAGAGACUAAAGUAAAAUUUUCUGACCUGUCUGAAGAUCUUUUGUGGGAGUACAUUCAUAGUGGGGAGCCAAUGGACAAGGCUGGUGGAUAUGGAAUCCAGGCUCUUGGUGGAAUGUUAGUUGAGUAUGUUCAUGGAGACUUCUUGAACGUGAUGGGAUUUCCUCUGAAUCACUUCUGCAAAAAGCUAGCAGAAUUGUACUAUCCGCCUUCUAAACACAAUGUACAACAUAAAAAGUAUGACUCUAUCCCUUCUGUGGACACUUUUGAGAACCUAAGUGAUGUAGAAAGUGAAUCUUCAAAUUUCACAGAGCACAAAGGUGCUAGUAAGUUGGACAGCAGCGGGAUGUGUUCAUCGGGAUCAAUUUACAAUUCUGAGAACAGUUCUAGUGUCAGAAGUGGGUUUAUGGUACCUCUGGAAAAUCGGAAUGGCAUGCCAGAAAAUGCAACAAGACUUCCAUCUAAAAUUCUAGAGCUGAUGGAUGGAUUUAGAGCCUCAAAGGCUCUCUUUGUAGCCUCUAAGCUGAAGAUGUUUGAUCACCUGAAAAAUAAAGGCCCACUGAAGGCUGUGGAUAUUGCAAAUGAAGUUGGAACCUCUGUAUGUGGAACAGAAAGACUUCUUGAUGCAUGUGCUGCUCUUGGAUUACUGGAGAAAACACCACAAGGGUACAGUAAUACAGAUUCAACAAAUACGUAUCUGACAUCAGAUGGUGAAUACUCACUUCAUGGCUACAUUAUCCACUCUAAUGACCACCUUUGGCCUCUCUUCACAUACCUGGAGUCUGCUGUCAAAGAAGGCAGCAGGCAGAACCAUCGAGCCUUUGGAAAGAAAGCAGAGGAUUUAUUUAAGGACUAUUAUCACAGCCAGGAAGUGAAGCAACGUUUUAUGGCUGCCAUGCACAGCAUUGCCCACCUGACAGCAAGAGACGUGGCUACAGCAUUUGAUCUGUCACGAUUUAAAUCUGCUUGUGAUUUAGGAGGUUGCACUGGAGCUCUGGCUCAUGAAUUAGUACAAAUAUACCCAAAUCUCAAAGUCACAGUAUUUGACCUUCCAGAAGUCAUUGCAAACACCUCUUACUUUCAGCCUUCAGCACAACACACAGCUCCAGUAACAUUUGUAUCAGGUGACUUCUUCAAGGAUAAUCUCCCAGAAGCAGAUCUUUAUAUCCUUUCACGUGUUCUUCAUGACUGGCCUGAUGAAAAGGUACAUGUGCUUUUAAGCAAGAUAUCAGCUGUUUGCAAACCAGGAAGUGCUUUGCUAGUGGCAGAAAGUGUACUCGAUGAACAGAAGACAUGCCCUCCUACAGCUGUACUACAGUCCCUCAGCAUGACUGAAGGCAAGCAAAGAAGUGGCUCAGAAUAUAAACAGCUGCUGGAGAAACACGGAUUCACAAAUGUACAAAUUAAAAUCACAGAAAAUUUACUGGAUGUUGUUUUGUGCUUCAAGACCCUAUCACCAUAGUAUGCCCAGAAGCAGGCUGGGAUGCUGAGUUUUUACAGCACUUGUGCAAUGUAUCCAUCAUCAGCCAGCACAUACUGUCAGUUUAGGAUCAUUCUGACCCUUUAUCUAAGGAAUAGUUGUUACAGGCCUUGAAUAAAAGUUGGACUGCAGCUUCUGCAGAAGUGAUUUCUAUGCAUUUAAGAAAUGUCUGGCCAAAACUCCUAUGUAUUAAAUACGUUCAUGUCCAGUUAUCUUGGCUACUUUGCAGACUGUAUUAAGCUCAGACUUGCUGUCUAGAUGUAUUGCAUGACAAGUUAAAAGCUUUUAUGAGCCACAUUACUAGCUUUGUUUUCCUGAACCUUGAUAUUAAAGAGAAUUCUCGUUCUGCA